CCUCUGCUUCGUAUCAGGGGGCGUAUUGUUCCCGUUAUCGUUUUCGAUUACGUCCACGAGACCGUUAAAAAUGGAGUGCAUCAUGUGACCGUACUACGGUUGACUAGACCAGCGGAUCUGGAAGGCGAACAACGAUAUAUCUCUUUUUUCGAGGACAUGGUCCGAAAGGGCCGUUACUUGGCGGUUGAUGUCCCUCCGGAGUCGUGCCUUCAAGGAUAUUCUACCUCCUGCGUUGCCCAAGCUGACGAGGAACCACCAGCGUUUCUCUUACCGUUCGAUGGGCCAGGAAUUCCCCUGCGACAUCCUGCCAUGAUCAUAUGUGUGAUUGUGAUUUACGGAAGAGGGCCAUUUCAGGAGCUGGGACUCGAGAGGGCCUACAGUAGGGAAGCACUUCUUACUCGAAGUCCGCAGGAUCCCCAGCUCCUCGCGCAGAGCGUUGGAAUCAUGUCAAGGUCUCAUUCUUCAACACCUAAAUUUGGACCAGCUUUCCGUGAUUAUGAGAGCACGAGUCCGGAACUGGUUCGUCAGUAUGGUUCACGAGAUCCUCUCAAUUUGGCUUCCGAAAGCGAACGCGUUGCCGAGGAUGAUUAUUCUCCACGAAGCAAUCCUGCUCAAGUGGUGCCGGAGACUAGACCGGAGACAGUCGCAUCAGAUACAAAUACGAUCGAGCCGCAGUUGCCGCCUGAAACGGAGUCCGCUUCAAGUACCCCUCCGGAUCCUCAUCAAAUUGACUAUGCUCCCGUUACGGAUGCUGACAAUUUGUUACCAUCAAAGUUUUUCACCAUGUGUAAAGAAGCUGCCAAAGAACCAGCAAAAGCCCCGGUGAUCGAAGAGAUUGAUACGCUUCCAGAUUUACUUUUAUUUAUCCAGCUGAAUAAUAAUCCUCGUGAGAUCAGAGAAGUAGUGGCGAGAUUUAUGAUGAAUCCAUCUUUGUCUGAAAACGAUCGAGAUCUGAUCAGGAAGAAAGUGAUGGAGAAGAUUUCGGCGGAAAGGAAGAAAAGAUCUCGGCCAAACGAUGAGGCAGAGGAGGGCACAAAACAGGAGGGAUUGAAGGAAAGUGGAAGAGAAAUGAAUAGUGGAGAGGAUAUGAUGGACACGGAUGCCAUAGACUUCGAAUCUUUGAAUAAACUUUCUAGCUUCGUCGGCGAAGGUGCUCAGGAAUUGUUGAAGCAGGCCGGGGAAGAUGUUGAAUCCCCAACAGCGCAACCAUCGACACCACCUCCACUUCCUCCAGCGCUUACAUUUACAGACCAGGACGAACAGGACGAGCCGUCAGCCGAUGUUGAUGAAGUGAUCAAAGGUGAUCGAAAAUCCAUCAGUGAGAUACUACCUGGACCACCUCCCGUGCCGCCAGUGUAUGGAGAUUCAUCAGAUGGAGAGUCACCACCUGAGCGCGACGAUGUUAGAUCUCCAGACUCAUCUAGUUUCUCGAAAAUCCAGACUGUUAAUGUUCUCCCUGUGCCACCACCUCCUCCGGUUCUACCAAGUCGGUUUUGCACU